AUGCUGAAUACCCAGCUCUUACUGGUACUUGCGGGUCUUGCUUUUCUCUUCCUCACGGCAAAGAAAUGGAUCACUCGCAGACAUACUAACCAGACAUUGCCGCCCAGUCCUCCUCCGUUACCCCUACUGGGAAACCUGCACAUUUUUCCCACCAAGGAUGUUCAUUACCAAUUCACAAAGUGGGCUCGUCAAUAUGGAGAGAUUUACACUUUGUACUUAGGUCCGACGACGGCCAUUGUUCUGACAUCACCGUUGGCCAUUCAACAAAUCCUGGAAAAGAACUCAGCACUUACCUCUGAUCGUCCUGACAACUAUAUUGCUCGCUUGGUUACAGGGGACGAUCAUAACCUCGUAUUGUCGGAUACAUGGCGCUCACUUCGUCGCGGUGCACACGGCAUCCUCACGGCACAGGCUUGCCUAGACCAUCUUGCCAUACAGCAAGCGGAAGCGGUCCAGCUCUCGCAUGAUUUAUUGACAGACCCUGGAGGCUUCGCCACGUCCAUACGUCGAUAUUCAUUCUCGGUUAUAAUGUCCGUCCUCUAUGGCAAGCGAGUGCCUCGAUACGCUUCGCCCGAAGCAACCGCCCUCUUCAAGAUGCUCGAGCUAUGGGUCAACAUCUUGUCUCCCGGCGCGCACCCACUCAUCGAGAUGUUUCCCGCUUUGCGGUGCAUUCCCGGCCCCUUUGCCUCCUGGAGGAGGCUGUGUAAGAAGGUGCGCAUCAUUCAGCGGCAACUAUACUUCGGUCUGCUGGACGAGGUAGAAGCGCGCUCGGACCAAGGGAAUGGGAACGGGUGCUUCAUGGAGACUGUCUGUGCCAGAGCGCAGGAAUGGGGACUCGACCGCGAACUCACAGGCUACCUUGGAGGCGUCCUGAUCGAAGCAGGGUCUGACACGACAUCGGCUUUCAUACAGACCCUCGUCCUACUCCUUGUAGCUCACCCGCAGGUGCAACGAAAGGCUCAAGUGGAGCUUGAUGCUGUUGUAGGCACUGAUCGUAUGCCGAUCCUCGAGGACCUCGAGGAUCUCCCAUACGUACGAGCGGUGAUACUCGAGACACAUCGAUAUCGACCUGUGGCGCCACUCGCCGUUCCCCAUGCGGCCACUGCGGGCUUCAACUAUGGACAAUACACCAUUCCCAAGGGGGCGAUCCUGUUCGUUAAUACAUAUGGGGUCUUCCAUGACGAGACAAUCUUCAAAGACCCGGAGACGUACAAUCCGUCUCGAUUCUUGGAGAACCCGGAGAAAGAAAAACUACUUGAUCUCGCGUUCGGGGCUGGCAGGCGUGUCUGUCCCGGAAUGAACCUAGCGAGGAACUCUAUCGCGAUCAACACUAUGAAUCUAUUAUGGGGAUUCGAUUUCAUGAAGGCUAGAGACGCCACCGGUGCUAUGAUCGAACCUGAUGUAUGGGACUACUCCGAGGGCGUGGCCACCUGCCCAAACCCCUUCAAAUGCGAUAUCAACCCUCGCAGUCGUCAUCAUGAAGAGAUCGUCAGGCGAGACUUUAUCGCAUCACGAGACGCAUUCCUACCCUUUGAGCACAACUUGAGCGCCAGUGAUAAGGCGUUCAUCCGCGAGCAAUGGAAGGAUUAG